AUGGAAUGCGUAAUUCACUUCUUACGUCUGUAUCGUGCCGCUGGUUACUCAGGAUGGUCGCUGUAUUCGGAGAUGAUCGCGAGUUCGAGUGGGAAGCAGGGGACCAAGACUUGGAUGGCACGUAAACUGCGGGAAUGGGCGAUAGAUUUCUGCGAAGACUCAAAGCUGCCGACGCACCUGUACGGUCAAUUCACGUCCGCCAUCCUCGCCAACGAAGACAUUGCUGCAGACAUCCAUCUUCACUUGCAGAGUCUGGGAAAGUGGGUCUCGGCCAAGCAGAUCGUCCGUUAUGUGGCCACUCCGGAGUUCCAAGCGCGAUUGCAUGUCAAGCGCUGUAUCACCGAACGAACAGCGCAACAAUGGAUGAAAAGGAUGGGUUAUCGGUGGAAGAAGGAAGUCAAGGGCCAAUACUCCAAUGGGCACGAACGAUCCGAUGUUGUGCACUUUUGCCAACACGUCUUUCUGCCACGGUGGAAGGAAUUGGAGGCCAGGACACGGUGGUGGACACAGGGGCACAGUGAGCAAUCAAUCAGUCACGACGCAGCAAUGCGUGCCUUCCUGGGAAAUGAUCAAGAUGCGCGUGUUGUUGUGAUCUGGAGACACGACGAAUCGACUUUCUAUGCCAAUGACCACCGCACCAUCUGCUGGGUUCACGAGACGGAGGGGGCAAAAAUCAAGGCCAAAGGCGAGGGUGUGAGCCUGAUGAUUGGUCGUUUCGUUUCUCUGGACUACGGAUGGCUUAAAGCAAAGACGGCGGGACCGGAUGGAUCCAUGGACGACGCAGAGGUUGCCCUUUGUCCAGGAAAGGCUCGGGACGGAUAUCAGACCAAUGAAGACAUUCUGGCUCAGGCAACGCGCGUGAUGAAUACUCUGGACCGGGACUAUCCCAGGGAGAAACAUGUGUUUGCAUAUGACAACGCGAAAAUCCACACUGCCCGCGCUCCCGAUGCUCUCAGCGCCCUCAAAGUCACUCUCGGGCCCUCUGCCAACUUCAACAAGACCAAAGUCAAUGGUGUCGCGAAAACUGUCCGCAUGUGCGAUGGCAGGUUCAAGGAUAAUUCUCCGCAAUCGCUUUACCUCCCCAAUGGCAGGUUCAAGGGCGCGAAGACACUAAUCAUGGAACGACGUGCAAAGGGCCAUGAUCUUCCUGAUCUUGACGCGCGGAACCCGAUUAACAACAAGAAGUUGCAUCUGGAGUGUCACAACUUCAAAUGCCGUUACGAAGACUCCCGAUCUUGCUGCCUGAAGAAGAUUCUGUACUGCGAGCCAGAUUUUCAAGCUCAGAAAUCUCAACUGGAGGAACACUGCGAGGUGCGAGGUUAUGAAGUCAUCUUUUUCCCAAAAUACCACCCCGAGCUCAAUUUUAUCGAGCAAUGUUGGGGGUAUGCAAAACGAGUCUAUCGCAUGUUUCCGGAGUCCACCAAGGAAGCUGAUUUAACUCGCAAUGUCAACGAGGCUCUCGAAUCUGUCCCCUUGGAGUCAAUGCAGCGGUUUGUGACAUGUUCUUCUCGCUUUGCUGAUGCAUAUUUCCACGGUCUGAACAGAGCGGAGGCGGCUUGGACAAACAAACGAUACAGAGGCCAUCGGACCUUACCUGCAGAUUACUUGAGGGAUGUGGAAAAUGAGUUUAGGGCAAAGCAGCUGUAG